UCUCUCUCUCUCUCUCUCUCUCUCUCUCUGUGUCUGAGGCUACAUUCACCAAACCCUCGCCGCUUCACGCGAAGAGGAGGACGACGAAGAAGGGGGCGAGGAGCGCGGCGGCGGAGCCAUGGGCGGCGGCGGCGAUCACCACGGAGGCGGAGGCCACGGCCACGGGCAUGGCCAUGGCGGAGAGGCGGGGGAUUUCAGGAAGAAGGUGUGGAGCAUGACGGGGGGGCCCUACUGCCGCCCCAAGCACUGGCGCCGUAACACGGCGAUCGCCAUGGCCGGGAUAUUCCUCAUCUGCGUCCCCAUCGCCAUGAAAUCUGCCGAGCUCGAGCAACGGCCGCAUCACCCGGUGCGGCCCAUCCCCUCGCAGCUCUGGUGCAAGAACUUUGGUAAGAACGAGUACUAAUUACGGCUUAAAUCGAGCCCGUAUUGUUUAUACUUUGCAUUGCGACACUAUCCUGGUGUAAACGCUCGUUUAUUUUUGUGUUAUGCGGGACUUAUGAACUGUAUAAGAAUAAUUUGGUCUUCCUUUUGGGGUUUCCAAAUAAAUUGUGGACAACGCUUUCUAGUGGAGAUUUUGUGCUGACAAAUCGGGCCGCGCAAUUUGAGAUGCUUUUUUGUUUACUUUUCUCGGUAUUUUUUUUCGGGAUGUUUCAGGACGAGCUUAGUGAAGCCGAAUGCUUGCUUAAUUUGUUUAUA